AUCGGCUCUCACGGAUGUGAAACCGCAUAGGUCUACGUUAGCCUGCGGCGUUAGCUUGGUUAGCCACGUCUCCGUGAAGAUAAACAAGCUGCACUCACGGUAUAGUCUGUGGUUGUUCAGAGCGCACAGUUCAUCAAUCUUAUUCUGUAACGAGUUCACGUUGCCCAUGAUCACUGUCGGGAUUGAUGGUUUGAAUCGCCUCCAGUGAUCCGCUCUCCUCGCUCCAGCUUUGCAGCCUCUGUAGCUCCUCUUUAUCUCAGCCGGGAUGUUGUGUCGCAUGCUGGUCUGUCCCUUCGUUCUUAGUGCCAGCAGCUCCGCUCUCGAAUAGAUGAAGGAGCUGGUUUCAGAAGUUUUAAAAAGUGCAUUAUCCAUCUUGUAUCGCUAUAUCUAAGAGGUAUAAGUAGAGGAAGGUGAAAUAAAGUUUGAAAAGCCUAGUCUAAAAAAGUUAAAGUUAAGAAAAAGGUGCGGUGUUGCAGAGCUACUUGGAAAGGCUGCCAUCACUCCAGCGCCAUCUUGGACCUUAAUACAUAAUUCAUAGUUUCCCAUUAUCAUCUGAUCCAUGCUACGUGGAUUGUUUUGCCGCCUCCAACAUAAAAUGCAAACACAGUGUACUUUCAGGAUAUAUGUUGGAGCAUUUUCUACCCAGAGGAAUUUCAAUGUGUUGUUGAGCAAUGCACAGUGAAUGUGAAAAAACACAAUGUAAGGCCUUACAAAAGAACCCAGGGAAUAUUUCUUGCCUUAUUUGGGCAUUGUUCUCCCUAUAUCAGAGCUGUGCAUGGUCAGCAGGGAAUGCCGGGAAUUUAGCAACAAUCUUGAGGAUUCAUGCCAGUCAGGGGGUUUACGUAUGUGUGCUCUGUCUGUCAAAAGAAAACGCUAUGUGCAGACUUCUCUGCGGGUCUUCAUUCGCUGCCAACCACAUCACCGGAGGUUCACCGCACCGGCCUUUCUCGGCAUCUGCUGCAGGAAAUGACCGAGGCUCUGUGCAAUGCGUUGUUAUGUCUGCACAAUAGCUGCUUAAUGGCAUCUGUAUGGGGCAGAGAGAGGUGGAUAUGUGAAAUGUUAGGUCAUGUCAGGUUUAAAGUAGAAUAUUAGUCUGUAGAGUGUAACUUUGUGUUUGACUUUGUUUUCGUAAGCAUUUGGUAGUCAUUCAUUCACUCUUCCAGCUUCAUGAAGAACUGUCUCACUAUAGGCUGAAUGCAUGCAAACAUAUGGGAGUCCAAAGAAAUGUGCUAAUUGCCACUGGAUAUAUAUGAACAGUGAGCUGGCUUGCAUUUACAGUGUUGUCUUCUUCAAUGAGGUCUUUGUUUCCCCGUAUCUCUCUACCAUGGAAGUGAAGCUGUCAUUGUGAAUAUUUUUAACACCACGAGGCCUGAUAGUGAGCCAGCAUGCAUGUUUAUAAUCUUCGCAGAUAGAGGAGAGACACAGUAUGUCUGCGUAUGGCUUUCGGAGCCUCGAGUGAGUGAUUGUUCCGUUACGUGGGCGUAAGCAGCCUGAUGCUUUUGGCCCGCUCCCCUUUUCUUCGCUCACACUUACUCUGGCAAAAGCUCAGCAUACCUGCAGUAUUUUUGGCUCCUUUAAAAGGAAUUGCUUUUGAGUUAUUGUGUAUUUUCUUUCCCACAUGACUAAAAGCUUUCCGUACAUAGUCACUGAAAAGGAAUUUAGAUUGCGUGAGGCCGAGUGCUAAAGUGAAUGAAACUCAGUGCAGGAUUCAGUGUGAACUGAUUAGUUCACUGUGACAUAAAGUUUGAGAUAUCAGUGUUUUGAGUUUGUGGAGAGACAUCUGGACUGAGAUCUGUUGUCUUGUAAUGUGACAGCUGUUAGUUUGUUACGCCAUCUAUGAUUCACAGUGUCACAUGAACCUCUUGUGUUUACUUGACACAGAAAAUGAGCGCAGACACAUCCAGCAGCUGUGAAAGCUUUGAAUAGUGUCAGCAGUAGGAAGAAAUAAAAAUAAUUAUUAACAAAAUAUGUUAAUUUGCAUUCUUUCUUUUUUGCAGCUGGCUGAUUUUGGCCUCUCAAAUAAUUUCCACAAGGACACGCUGCUGCAAACCUACUGUGGAAGUCCGCUCUACGCUGCCCCAGAGAUUGUGAAAGGGCUGCCAUACCAGGGACCGGAGGUGGACUGCUGGGCACUGGGGGUGUUGCUGUAUGCCCUUGUUUACAGCAGCAUGCCAUUCGAUGGGGCCAGUCACACAAAACUCACAGAGCAGAUCAGCCAAGGUCGCUAUCGCAGACCCAACCCCCCCUCUGAUGCCUGUGCUCUCAUCGGCUGGUUGCUGACAGUGCGUGUGGAUGAGAGAGCCACGAUAGAGGACGUGGCUAACCACUGGUGGGUGAACUGGGGAUAUGAAGAGAGUGUGUGUAACUGCCCUUCAUUUCCACACCAAGAGUGCCCCUCCCCGCUGCUGGCUCGCUACAUCGACUGGCAGAAUCAGGUUGCUGCUGCUAGCAGUUUGACGGUGGAUGCAGACUGCCUGUCCUCAGACUCUUCCGGUCUUCCUCAACACACUUCCAACCCCUUUUACUUCAGCUUACCUCUAAAGCACGAAUGUGGGGGAGGUGCAAGGGUGCGCGGUGGAAUAUCGAGUCUUAGGAAGUCUCGCAAGGAGAAUGCGAUUCCCCAGACUGCACAGGGAGCUUGCAGUGACGUUUGUUUAGCAACUGCUUCUUCCGUGGUGAUUUCCUCCACUUCCACUUUUGAAAGAAAAAAGCCCAAAGGUAUUCUGAAACACCAGAGAAGUUUAGAUUCAGUCUUUCACACCCCUCCCAGGGAUAACUCCCCCUCUCAGCUCUGUAACACUGCACCGCAGCCCUGUCGAACACACGGUCUUACUCAUGCGUAUGUUGACGUCCUAUCAACCAGCCUUCUGUCUCCAACUACAUUCAGUCAGCCGUCGUCCAAAAUGCCCAAGAAAGGGAUACUAAAGAACUUGUAUGGUGGGGAGUCAGGUUAUGGUUCCUCAUCAGACAGAAGGGGCUCAGGUGUAGGAAGUACAGACAGUAAUGCAGGUCAGUCCUGUUCCCACAAACAACAAACAUGUCUCCCAGGAGUUGAAGACAGUCCCACAAUGCGCACAGAAGCAGUAAGAAGACGUAAGGGUAUUUUGAAACGUAAUGGAAAGUUUUCUCGCAGCCUGGAUCUUCCUGACAACCACCAGUCUUCUCCCUCUCCAACUCCUGCGAUAUUCCCAGAGGCUCUGCAGCAUCUCCUCCAGACUGCAGGGGAUGCUGAGGGCCGUCAUAGCCGCCCCUCUAGUGUUGUGAGCGAGGAUAGCCUCUUCUCCUCCGAUUCCUUUGAUCUGCUGGACCUUAGCUCCCAGUCACGUCGCAAGAUUUUCUCAAGGGGGGUGCGGCACAGCUCAGAGGACGAUUUGGAGCAGCUGAGAGGCGAGGCGGACAGGGUUGUUGGACAAUGAAAAACAAAAAAGGAAAUGCUGUAAUACGAAGCGUAUUAGAAACUUUAGUGUGCUGAAAAACUGGGUUUAAUUCCAGCUCUUCAGUUCAGUUUUAUGUGAUAAUCAGUGCCUGCGAUCUUGAAAAGACUUCAUGAACUCUAGAAAGGUUGCAUCUCAAGUACACAGACUCUCAUGACCAUUGCACUGCCGAUGUAAAGCACCAUGUCUCAGCAUAUUUGCAGCGAUAAAUUAAAGUGUAGCCUCUGACUGUUUAACUGUGUUUCUCCAAAUGGGACCUGAUUUCCAGCAGUUUGCAGAGACAGGACAGAAUAGUCUGUUUAAUGGACUCGGUCCGACCUCACCUGCACAACAGACUCUCCUUGUAGAUUUUUGCAGAUUGAUGUUGACAACUCUCAAAAUCUUUGUCUGAAGGCUGUCAUCUGCUAACGUGGUAAUCCAUGCAUCUUUGAUUUAUCGACAAUCAUUGUAUGAGUAAGUCAAAAAACUUAAAGAUAUUUCCAUCCACCUGCAUUUUUUGACCAUUUUGGAUAUAAAAUCUGAGGUGUAAGUUCAGAAAAAAAGAAGAAAAAAUACUUUUAAAGUUCAAAAAAAUUUAUGCAUUGAUAACAGUGAAAUGUGGCAAAGUGCAAUUGAAACUAGCUUUUUAUGCACUAAUCGUGCAUGAAGCAUGUCAGAUAGAAGCAUACAGUAUGUAUGUGAGAACUAAUGGCGAGGGGGAGCAUUAGUUAAAUUAAUAUAUGAAACAAAUGUAAAUAUAAUUUCAUUUUUUCUGCAUUCUUUGGCAGUGCUACUAAUUUUGCUGGUGAUCUUUUGUAAUAUAUAAUUUGCACACUGUUGUUCUGCAGUGGUUGUGAUAACACCCGGCAAUAAAUUUAACAUCAUCAGCUACUUAUACUCAAGUAUCCACCUUCAUGCAGUCACACAUACAUAUGGAAACAGAUAUGCAUAGAAGUUUGCUUUGAGCUUAAUGAUUUUCUGAAAUGUCUUCAAAUGUGUGCAGUGUUUGGAUGGAAACUAGACUGUAGAAACUUCUGUUAUGAUGAUAAAUUCUGCUCAGUUGACCUUUGGGAUACUUUGUGGCAGCACUUUAUAAACCUUAUAUAAACAUUGCGACAUGGCUGUAGCGCACUAAAAUGUAGCAGAUAUCAGGACAUUUUAAGUGUUCAGUAUUAACCUGUAUAAUCUGUCAGCAAUUCUAAUUUCUCAUCUGAGAAUAAAUUGUGUUUAUAUUCAUUAUCUGUUCACGCAUCAUCCUGCUUAUGUUUAUGCACUGUGGGCUUGCACAAGAGGAGCUAUGGUGGUUAACAGACACUUCACAUUGGUUAAACCCCACUUGUUAAAUGUUUAUAUUCCGCUUAUCUAAAAUGCUAAGGAAAGUAAUGCCGAUGUCAAUAUUUGUUUUCAAGUAUAUUUAUGCCACACAGUGUUUCACUGUGCACAGUUUGCUUCUUUGCACCAACACACACAGUGUGAAUAGCAGAUAGAUCACAUUGCUUUUUACCGUGACACCACCUGUGCUGCUCUGGAUGUUUAGGUGAUGUAUGCAGUAGAUGUAUGCAAUAUUAAAUCUGUGAUUUUCAUACUGUGAGAGGAAAUACAAAGAAUUCUUUAACUUUUUUUUUUUUAAAUAUUUUUGUUUUUCUGGGUAAAAUAAAUUAUUUGAAUCUGAGCAGUUUGCAGUGUCUUUCCUGAUGAAACGAUAAAUAAAAUCAGCAGCAUGUUGUAAGACGUAUUGCAUCUUGAACAACCAUAGAGUUUGUACUCGAAAGCAGGGAUGUUAGUUAGUUAGUUUGAUUAUUUGUCUGAGUGUGGAAGACAAAAAGAUGUCUAUUUAGUUACCUUGCUGUCUUCUUCUGUGUUUCUGUCUCCAUAAACUCAGCUCCAGUUGGCCACAGAUUGUUUUCAUAGUUUUUAAUGGACUUGGUUAUAAAAAGAAGUAGGCACAGUUUCCUUCUUUAAAUGCUCUACAAAAAGGAAACAUUAACUGUGGAAACAGCAGAUUUGAAAAAGCAGGUUUCAUUAAACAGUUAUUACAAUGUUGUGUUUUGAAAGCCUGUCCAAUGAGUAAACACUUCCUAGAUUGUUGUUUGGAGAUUUUCAUUUUAAGGAUUACAUUUUUCUGUAUGGAUUAAAAAAAUGCCAACAUCUCCAAAACAACAAAACUCACCAGAAGGCCUUGUUUAGAUGUGAAGAAGCCCGGCAUGGUCUUUGAUAAACAUUAUUAUUUUAUACCAUUCACUUGCCUGGUUGUAAAUUUCUUUAAGUGUUCUCCCCAUUUUAGGACACUGUAUAUAAUUUGAAUUGAUUGAUUGGAGAAAAAGUUGGCCAGCAGAGGAUGAAAUCCAGAGCAAAGGUCAGAUGGUGACUUUUCACAACACUCCUCAUAUCCCGUCAGUCUCAUGGGGAGUAUUUUGUUACAUAAGAACCACCAUUUAACUGUGCUGAGCUAAUGUUUAUGCUGCAUGCACAGCGAGUAGAUGAGUAAAUGGGAUACAGCCUUUAUCUACACCCAAGAAUUCUGGAUUCUCAAUCAUUGCUUAAGAUGGGUUGUCAUCAAAACUACUGUACUGGGAGGUGAUUUGAAGAAAUAUGUUUAAAUCAUCAAAACAUCCAUCUAUCCAUGUUCUUCUUCUUAUCCAACUCAGGGUCAGUAGCACAGCUAGAGGCUCUAGCUUUGAAGUGCAAGUUAACCUAAAAUGCUUGUAUUAGGAAUAGGGAUG